GCUCUAUCUGGUCUGUAGCAUGAGCUCGACUUGACACCAUCACCCCACCAUAUUCCUCUAUGUAUGCAUACUAACUACCUAAGGUAGGUAGGUAGAUGAGUAUGUGUAAGCCUCCAAAGCUACCUCGGUUGAUACUAGGAUAUAUCCCUGGAGGUAAUCAUGGCACCUUUGAUAUCAACGCCAUAUGGACCACUUGGCUGCUAUUUUCCAAGCUUUUUUUUUUUCACGUCGGCGUCUUGCAGUUAUGUGGUUUUAUGUAUAUUAGCCUCGGAUUCCAAGUAUAAGUGUAAGGGGUGAGAUAAGUAGUGAGAGAGGCGCCGAAUUGAUCAUGACUUUUCUCAAGGCACAUCCAUGAUCUUUGUGCCACAAGAGGGGGGAAAAGAUAAGAUUCUUGAAAAGUCAGUCGUCAGUGAAUUUAUGACUGAUCAUUUACUGUUAUGUAGCAGACUGAAGGCACUCUGUUGAAACGGCGAGCUAUGAAUGAGGCGUUUGGUAUAAGGAUAUCAGUGAUAGGCACUUCUUUAGAGAGCGUGAUACCGAAUAUUGAAUUUGUUGCAACAUAAC